AUGCUACUUUUGAGACAGUUCACUAUUGGGCAGACAGUCCAGCAAAACAGCAGAGUUAGUUGUUCAUCAUUUCCUCUUGUGUUUCCUUUCACGGGCGGUUUUGAAUUUUUCCCGCAAUCUCUUCCGUCGCUUACGCAGAGCAUGCGACUCCUCCUUCACUUAACAGCUCUGAUAUUACUUGGCGAAUUCGUCGAUGCACGAAGAGGCGGGCGAGGCCAGAAAAUCUGUGCCGGUCUUAGCGCAGAGAAUCCUAUAGAGCCGAACAAAAAUUGUGCCAAAGCUUGCCAGAAUGAAUUGAAAUGCGGAUUCGGUUACUGCAAAUUUAUCAAUAAUCGCCCUCCACCCACAUGUUUUUGCGUAGAGUGUAAAAAGAAAAGGAAGGGAAAAUAUUGAACUUCAUGAUAAAAAUGUCCCUGUAUUUUUUGAUGUGAAAUAAAAGUGCGUUGAUUC